CACUGUAUCUUACCAGAUAAGAUGGCAAACAAUCUCUAUACUUCCUGGAAGAUGCUUAUACCCACCUUGGUAGAUGUGCACCUCAAGUACUCAGCCAGAACCCAUGGGCACCCUCUUCCAGAAAUAUGUCCAGUCAUAUCUGCUUGCGCAAGCCCUGGUUGUGCACAGUGA